AUGUCGCAGAGAGUCACAGACCCGAGGUUCGCAUCCGUACACAAUGAUCCGCGCUUCGUUCGGCCAAAAAAGAAGGACCGCAAAGUCGCCGUGGACAAGCGAUUCAGCGCUAUGCUUCAAGAUAAAGACUUUAGUGCCAAUGCAAAAGUCGAUCGAUAUGGCCGAAAGCUGAGUAAAAACAAGGGUGCCGCUGAGAUACAAAAGACUUAUGCGUUGGAAGCUGAAGAAGGCGCACAGGAAGCAGCAGGCGCGGAAGCGUCUUCAGAGAGCAGUGAGGUGGACUCCAAAUCAGAAGGAAGCAGCAGCAGCAUGUUGGUACAAGAGACACCUGCGGCGCCGAUCAAAUAUGACCCUGCGAGAGGCGAAGGUGUGUCAUCUUCCGAGGAAGACUCUGAUGUGCCGGACGAUGCUCCUCUAGAUGACCGGGAUCUCGUGGAUCCCGAACCAGCCAGAGAGGCCAUUCCCAGAGGCGACGUGACUUCACGCUUUGCACUCGUCAAUCUAGAUUGGGACAACUUGCAAGCCGAGGACUUGUUUGUUGCUAUGAACUCCUUCAAGCCAGCAACAGGUACCGUUCGCAGCGUCACCAUCUUUUCCUCCGAGUUUGGCAAGGAACGCAUGUCGCGAGAGGAUACGGCUGGACCACCUGCCACCAUCUUCAAGCACGACGAGGAGGAAGAUCUCGACAAGCCCAUCAAUGCGAAGAGCAUCAUCAAAGAAUCACUCGGUGAAGAGUUUGAUAUGGUCAAGUUGAGGCAGUAUCAGCUGGAUCGGCUGCGCUACUACUAUGCCAUUGUCGAGUGUGACUCGGCAGCCACUGCUAAACAUAUCUAUGAUGCGUGCGACGGCGCAGAGUAUGAAGCCUCUGCCAACUUUUUCGACUUGCGCUUCGUCCCUGAUGGAGAGGUCUUUUCAGAUGAGCCAAAGGACCAAUGCACAAAGCUACCUGACUUGUACGAACCCAAUGCCUUUGUUACGGAUGCUUUGCAGCAUUCAAAAGUGAAGCUGACCUGGGAUGAUGAUGAUCCAAAAAAGGCUCAGUUUGCAAAACGAGCAUUCAGUAAAGCUGAAGUGGAUGAUAUGGAACUGAAGGCGUACCUUGCCUCAAGCAGCUCUUCAGAGGGAGAGGGCGAAACGGCUGCCAUGCUCAAGGACAAGUGGCGAAAAUUGCUCAAAAGUACACGCAGCGAUAGUGACGCCAGCGACGAGGACAAGCCAUCAGGUGAUAUGGAGAUCACCUUUUCUGCUGGUCUUGCUGCAGACCAGCCGGCUGCGGAAGAGGACCCUGAGAAUGAGACGACGCUGGAGAAGUACAAGCGUAAAGACCAAGAACGACGCGAACGACGACGCAAGACAAAGGGCGUUGUUGAGGCGGAUGCACAGCCUGACCUGGGCUUUGAUGAUCCAUUCUUCAAUGAGACUACCACAAAGACCAAAAAGAAGCGCGAAAAGCCUGUUGUGGAUGAGGAGAAAGAUCGCAAAGAAAAGGCAGAACUCGCACUUCUCAUGAUGGACGACGAGAACGCCGUUGCCGCCUCAGGGAAGAAGAGUGCAGAUCACUUUGACAUGAAAGCUAUUGUUCGCGCCGAGAAGCGUGCUGGUCUCUCUCGCGCUCAACAAAAGAAGCUGAGCAAAUUCGGUAAGGGCAAGACGACAGAGGUGGACAAGGAAGGUUUGCAAGAUGGCUUUGAGAUUGACUUGAAGGAUGAUCGAUUCUCGGCAGUGUUUGACGGUGAGAACCAUCACUUUGCGCUCGACCCAACGAGUUCGCAGUUCAAGCGGACAAAAACCAUGGAUAAGGUUGUGCAGGAGCGCCGGAAGCGUGGUGGCAAGAAACAUGCUGAACAAUCUGCUGGAGCUGAACAAGUGCCUCCUGCCAAGGAUGCAAGCAAAAAGAAGAGAAAGAAGCAGGGCGACGAUAAUGUCGAGGACCUCGUCCGGCGUGUCAAGAGCAAAACCAACAAAUAG